CCACUUCAACCUUUUUUCUUCCUCUUCUUCUUCUCUAUUCCUCAUUCCACCUACUCAACUCCUUUUUUCAUCUCCCUACAACUCAAUUCCAAACUUAAGAGUGCGCUCCUCCUACCUCCUCCCCCCUCACCCUACCAUACCAUACUCUUCUUCCCUACUGUCCGAGCUCGGCCUACUACUCUCCAAAUCCAGAACCAAACUAACAGACUCUUUCUUUAGAACCACUUAUCAUCAAAAUGGGUGUCCAAGACGUUCUCAAGAGGAAGUCCGGUGUCAUCGUCGGUGACGAUGUCGUCGCUCUUUUCAAGUACGCACAGGAGAAGGGCUUCGCCAUUCCCGCCAUCAAUGUCACUUCUUCCUCCACCGUUGUAGCUUCUUUGGAGGCUGCUCGCGACCAGAAGUCCCCCAUCAUCCUCCAGACCUCCCAGGGUGGAGCUGCUUUCUUCGCCGGAAAGGGCGUUGACAACAAGGACCAAACGGCCAGCAUUGCUGGUGCCGUCGCCGCUGCUCACUACAUCCGAUCCAUCGCACCCGUCUACGGUGUCCCCGUCGUUCUCCACACCGACCACUGCGCCAAGAAGCUCCUUCCCUGGUUGGAUGGUAUGCUCGACGCCGAUGAGGCUUACUACAAGGAGCAUGGCGAGCCCCUCUUCUCCUCUCACAUGAUUGAUCUUUCCGAGGAGACUGUCGAGGAGAACUUGAACACCACCAAGGCUUACCUCGAGCGCUUCAGCAAGGUUAACGGUUUCCUCGAGAUGGAGAUCGGUAUCACAGGUGGCGAGGAGGACGGCGUCAACAACGAGGACGUUGACAACAACUCCCUCUACACCCAGCCCGAGGACAUCGAGCUCAUCUACAAGACCCUUACUGCCGUCGCCCCUGAGCGCUUCAGCAUCGCCGCUGGUUUCGGAAACGUCCACGGUGUGUACAAGCCCGGCAACGUCAAGCUCCAGCCCAAGCUCCUCCAGAAGCACCAGGCCUACGUCAAGCAGCAGCACAACACCAAGACCGAGAAGCCCGUCUUCCUCGUCUUCCACGGUGGCUCCGGCAGCAGCGUCGACGACUUCAGGGAGGCCAUCUCCUACGGUGUCGUCAAGGUCAACCUCGACACCGAUCUUCAGUGGGCUUACAGCAACGGCUUCCGUGACUACUUCGGUGGCAAGGCCGAGUACCUCAAGACCCAGGUCGGCAACCCCGAUGGCGAGGACAAGCCCAACAAGAAGUACUACGACCCCCGUGUCUGGGUCCGUGAGGGUGAGAAGACCAUGACCAAGCGCGUCAAGGUCGCCCUCGACGACUUCUACACCGCCGGCCAGGUUUAAAUUUAUAUCCCUCCAAGCACAUUGACUGUGUUGACCUGCGAAACACAAAAAAUAAAUAAAUACAAUAAUCAUUGAGGCGUGGGGCCGAAGGCGUAUACCAGGGCGAUGAUGUUACGAACCAUGAUGAAUCCGGAUCGGAAAAGUAGGGUCAGAGAGAGCGAGGGG